AUGCUCCCCAGAAGUCUUCCCGUCGACGCAACGCCUGUUCCGCUCGGCCAGCACCGAGGAAUCUCAGACCUGGCGCGAAUCGCCUCAGACCUGACCUGGGCACCCAAGAGAGUAGAGUUCGAUGACUCUGCCCGGUCUCGGGCAUACCCCUCUCCACCCAUGUCAGGGUCUCCGCCUCUUCCCACGAAGCCAUUUCAAGGGGCCGGCGAACGUGGUCAAGCACCAGGUGGGUAUCCAACUGGGAAUUCCCAAGAUGGCUACCGCGGAACUCCGAACCAGCAGUCUCCAAUAGAUCCCCGAGGCCCGCCAAACGCGCCCCCAUCGCUACCCAGCUUAUUCCGGCAAGAACAGCAGGAAGCAAUGCUAUACCCGCCCGAAGAAACCCUAGCCAGACCUGGCCCGUAUGUUCAACCAGGAGUUCCAGGAAUGCCCCAGCAACCGGGCUAUCUGCCCGCAGCCGGACCCAGCGCCCCAGGGCCAUAUCCUGUGCCCAGCCGUCCUCUGGUUGCCGAGAACCAGCAGAUGACCUCGCCCAAAUCCCAGAGGAAGACCAAGGGCCAUGUGGCGUCGGCCUGUGUACCAUGCAAACGGACCCAUCUCCGAUGUGACGCGCAACGACCUUGUUCGAGAUGCAUCACAAACGGAAAAGACUACUCUUGUGUUGAUAUGCAACACAAGAAACGUGGCCGGCCGCGCCGGAGAGACGAUCGAGACACGCGAUAUGACCCGUCGCAGUUUCCACACCCUCAGGACGCGGCCGCAAGACGACCAUUGAGUAUAUACCCAUCUGGUGGUGGUGCAAUGGGAUCAGGCGAGCCGAUGCCGCCUAGAUACCUUGAACGAGCCCCAGCCGCGGAUGCAAAUUCGUAUGCAGUACCCUCAUCGAUUGCGGCUCGGGUGCCGGAGCCUGUGGCGUUCUUAAACAUGAAGAUGGAAUUUGCCAAAGUGUCCCCAGUGUUUGCGGAUGCGAUUGGCGGUGCCAAUAUCCAGGGACGAAGUUUGGGCGACAUUGUGGUGCCGGCCGAACGAGAAAGGGUCCUGGCAAUCCGAAGCCAACUCCUCGAGGAGCAAACAAGAAAGGAGCCGAACUACCUUCCCCCAAUUCUGGCAAGGCUCGACCACAUAAUACAGGGACCUGGAUUCAGCGCGGAGGAGGUUGGGCGGUUUCAACUUGAGCGUCAGGAGUACCUGACCUUUCGAACGUUUGAUGGACAGGCCAGGCAAUAUCUAGUGCGCCUGGGUCUUGCAAAGGAAGGGUCCAUCUAUUUCGUGGUUAUGAUGUUGAGCCACGCUGCACGACACUUUUAUCCACAGGCGCCCUCGCCCUUCUUUGCUCAGGGGUACAACCCGCAACCGCAAAACCCCCAAGCGGCCUACGGCCAACGUGCCCCAGUCUCUGCGACGUUCGAUCCGGCACGGCAGAGGUUCAACGAGGGACCGCUCGGAUCUCGGCCGCCUCCAGGUCCAUCUGGGCAGCUGCCACCAAAUCCAACCCCAGGCAUGGGAGCCGGAGCACCGUCGUAUGCUGCGUCCCCGAGCCGUCAAGAGUACCCUGGGCCGACGUCGUAUCAUAUCCCUCGAAGCGAAUUGACGACAACGAUUCGACCUCGACCGCAACCGUUAUUCCAGCUUUCCCCAAUUCGAGCUCCCCAGGAUCAGGCGGAGCAUCCUGGGGAGCGGACCUGGUCUCGGGAGGAACGACCAGGCAGAGUCGAUAUCGGAGGGUUGAUUAGAAGCCAGGUGCGUCAGGACGACUACGAUAGUCCCGCGAUCGUUCGAUUCCUAGGCUCUGUCCAGUAA